AAACACAAAACCGUCACAACUCACAACUCACAAACCUUAGCCCACCCACCAUUCCUCCUCUUCUCUCUGUCUUGUCCUCGAUGAAUGACUAGCAUAGCAACCGGACCCGACUUUCUCGGUUGAAGUCCCUGUUCUGCCCCUCUUCCUAUGUAUGCACACUCCUCAAAUAACCCUGCUUCCUCUUGUUUGGCUUCUCUCCUUUUCCCCCAAUUUUUUGCUUUGUGCUUCCCUAAGCCCAAUCGCUUGGAUUCAAUUCUGGCGAUUGUGCCAUCUUCAUCCUAGAGGCUCAGUCUCAACGUCUGAGGACAAGGUCAACUUGUUGUUGGUUGGGGUGGUGUGGGUUAGAGCCUGCAUUAGUGGAUAUAUAAAAUCUGGAGUCAUCGCUAUGCUGUGUUUGAAUCAUGAUGGUUUCAAUAUUGCGACCUUUUUCUUUCAUUUGGCUGAGUGGCAUCCACUUGAAUAGCAGGAGCUGAAUUGGGUGGUUAAAGCCCUCUUCCCUCCCUCUGAAAAAUCAGGUUUUAGAAAAAGAAUUUGGUUUUUGUUGGGAGCUUAGUAACUACUUCACACAGCAAGUUUAUAAUGAUCCAUAAGAGUUUUUCUAUUGCUAGAAUGAUGGGAUGCUGCAGUUGCUUUGGUUUCUCUAUUGCUAGUAAACCCAAACCGAAAAGGAAGCCCGGUUACAGCUAUAAUAGCAAUCCUUCACAGGAGCAGUUAUUACCUGAUGAUUUAGAAGAUGAUGAUGAUGAUGAUUGUUCAUAUAAUGAUGAUGCUACAAGUAUGGGUAAUGCUGAGGAAAGUGAGCAGCAAAGUCGUGCCAAACGUCCUGAUGAGAUACUAAGUAUCAGAGAACAGAAUGGAAUGAUUUGUAGGCAGUACCCUGUGAAGGAAACCCACAAAGUUGUUCGCACCGAGGAUAAUGAUGGGAAUAAAAUGGUAAAUGAGUAUGUUCGGGAGUGUAAGAUUGGCGCUGGUAGUUACGGGAAAGUGGUUUUGUAUCGAAGCCUUUUAGACGGAAAGCAUUAUGCACUAAAGGCCUUUCAUAAAUCUCAUUUGUUAAAACUCCGGGUUGCACCUUCGGAGACGGCUAUGACAGAUGUUCUUCGUGAGGUUCUUAUAAUGAAAAUGUUGGAACAUCCUAACAUAGUUAAUCUCAUUGAGGUGAUUGACGACCCAGAUACAGAUCAUUUCUACAUGGUUCUUGAAUAUGUGGAAGGCAAAUGGGUCUGUGAGGGAUCUGGUCCACCAGGUGGGUUAGGAGAAUCUACUGCAAGAAAGUACCUGCGGGAUAUAGUUCGAGGGCUUAUGUAUCUCCAUGAUCAUAACAUAGUACACGGUGAUAUUAAACCUGAUAAUCUGCUGGUUAGUCAUAAUGGUACGGUGAAGAUUGGGGAUUUUAGCGUCAGCCAGGUUUUUGAGGAUGAUAAUGAUGAGCUGCGUCGAUCUCCUGGGACUCCUGUUUUCACCGCACCUGAAUGUUGUUUAGGGCUGACUUAUCAUGGUAAAGCUGCUGACACAUGGGCAGUGGGGGUCACUUUGUACUGUAUGGUGUUGGGACAGUAUCCAUUCCUUGGAGAUACUCUGCAGGAUACGUAUGACAAGAUUGUUAAUAAUCCUUUAGUACUUCCUGAGAAUAUGACCCCACUGUUGAAGAAUUUACUUGAAGGGCUUCUUUGCAAAGACCCAGCUUUGCGGAUGACAUUGGAGGAAGUCGCAGAACAUAGUUGGGUUGUUGGAAAUGAUGGGAGGAUGCCUCAUUAUUUAUGCUGGUGCAAGCGUCGUCGCAAGAGUUUGAGUAUAAGAGAAGAAUCUAAUGGGAUAAAAGAUGAAUGUAGCAUAACCCACACUGACUAGACUUUUUAGGGAGUUGUUUUCAUCACUUUUAUGUAUAGCAAAGGUUUUUUUUAUUUUGUCUUUUCCUCUUCUCUGGAUUUACGGUCUGAUCUGCAGUGGUUAAUUAUCGAACCUUAAUCGUGAGGAAAACUAGUCUCAUUUAAAACGUAUCUUCACAGCCUACCUCGGCCGGAAAAGGAGGCAGAGGUUCAGGCUCUUCUAUGCUGGUUAAUGGGUUGCCAAAAUUGUUUAUUUGUUUGUUUGCUUUUGGAAUUGCUGUGUGGAUUUGAUGGGAAUAUCUGUGUUCAACUUUCAUUUCAUCCGGCCUCUGUAUUUAUGGUAUAUGAGCAUUUUGAAUUAAACAGAACCAUCUAUUUUGUGCUUA